AUGACCCGCGGUAAUCAGAAGAACAUGAAAAAGCAAAGCGACUCAGGGAAGGGAAAACGCCGGGAUGACUGGCUCUCUGCCGCUGCCCGAAAGCAGAGGGACUCGGAGAUCAUGCAACAGAAGCAGAAAAAAGCCAAUGAGAAGAAGGAAGAGCCCAAGUAA